AUGAAUUACAGUGCCUUCACCCCCGAGGACGACCCGAUUCCCCUCGAGAAAAUACAACCCUGGAUCGACAUGAUGCGUGAGCUGCUUCUCGAAUCCCACCUCUCUGGGGACACCAUCAUGAAGCUUAUGCGCAUGUACGCUCCCAAGAAGCACCACCACGCCAUCAAGCCCAUCGGGCCAACUAAGAGACGGACUUUCCACUAUUUCUCCAAACUCCCCUCGAAGGUCAGAUUUACCAUCUGGAGGAUGGCCGCGGCACGACCCCCCAAAGUCCUAUUCUGGCAAAAUGACUACGACGAGGGUGGGCCGCCACCGAAUUCCCCAGCCGACGGCCCGUUGGCCGCAAUGGCCUGCAAGGAAGCCUGGAAUGUGAUCCAGCAUAUGGGAUUCUACUUCGACAUGCAGGGCGUAGAUCCCGACUCCUCGACCGAGCGAGCUCGGCCGGUCCAGUUCGCACAUCACGACCUCGUCUUUACCCCUUACGGAGUGAGCACCAAGCCUUGCGAUUCCGAACCCGAAUUCCGCGCCCACGAUUUGCUGCGCAUCCGAAAAGCGCUCGCUGUGGAUUACGACGAUUUCGUCAUAAGCAUGGCCGAGGGUUACCACCCGGCGCGCUACAAUUUUCUGGCCGAAACGAAGCAGCUGGAGACGCUAGUUUGCAUCAUGGCCGCCCCUGAAGUUUGCAUCUGGACAGAAAACGAUAACAAGGACGCCAGCCCGGGGUUGACGGGGCAGCAGCUCCAGAGAACCAAGAUUUGCCAAAAGAUUGUCCUGCUCCAGGACAUGGAGGAGGUGAGGAAAGUGGACGUGCUCUGGCGAAAUGUCAAACCCGAGUGGCGUUGGCUUUCGCGGCCCAACUGCGACCAUUUCCGUGUGAACGCGGCCGCGUACGCUCCCAAGCUCCAGUCCCGCUGUUACAACUGCGCCGUACGGCACUGGAAAGAGACAUGCGUGCCUCAACUCCGCCGGACCUGCGUGCGUGCGCUCUACACAGAGGGCUUCGAUAGACUCUGCGACGAGGGCGUCCGCGAAAAAGAUCCUUACCCGGAGGAGGAGAUCUACCCACACGGGUUGACAGGCGAGCCCAACCCAAACCACCCCUGGGUAAAGAAGGCUCUCGCGCGCAUGCCCAAGUUUAGGCCCGCAAUGUUGUUGAUGUUUAAGAAGCGCGCUCCGCGCUAUGACGAGAUGGGUCGAUGUAUCAACCGCAUGAAUCGGAAAGGAUACUAG